AUGGACCCCUCACUGGAUACCUCAUCGUGGCAUAGCAGCAUACCGCAGAGGGAAAUCCGAGGCAUACAGAAAGCCCUCCGACGCUUAAGAUUAGUGGACUGCUGGAGAGAGCUGCACAUCAUGGUAAAGGACUAUACACACUAUUCGGGGGUCCACGCGAGAUACUUAAGGAUUUAUUUCCUGUUCCUCCAACAUGAAUUACUAGCAAAGUUGCAAAGAGCUGAUAUUGAAGCUGCUACCUGGUCAGACCACAGGUCGGUACUUAUGGAGCUGGACACACCACUCUCACGACCCAAAACCAUGAGCUGGAGACUCAACAAAUCCCUGCUGAUGGACAUAGUAAUCAGGGAGCAGAUUGCCCAGGCCCUGGAGUCCUACUUCUCCGUCAAUGUAACGGGGGAGACCUCCGACGCCACCAUCUGGGAAGCUGAUAAGAGUGCCCGAGGGGUUUCAUUAUCCAACUAG